AUGUCUCCAUCCCCUGCUGUCCCGCCUGUCUCACAGGGUAACAACACAGAUAUAACAGGUGCUGGGGAGAAGGCGGAGUCAUCUCGCUACAGCCGCUCUUAUACGUCCGGGGCCACACUGGGGGCUGAGCUACGCAGAGGGAGGAGCAGAAGACUCUCGUCUAGUCUCCAGGUACCCUGCUGGCUCCGCCCUCGAGACCGGACUCGUUCACCUGAGGUCCUGAGUAACGUAUCGCGUCCAACAACUCUUCCUCUCCGCAUCCCACCACGCAUCUCCAUCACACAAGCAGACGCUGACAAUUAUGAAGCAGAAAAUGGUGUGUCACCAGGUCACACCCCGCUGGGUUCACAGAGUCCAAGCCUCACCCUACACACCUCCUUUCUCCAGGGCCAGAGACGAGAGUCCUUCCUCUACCGUUCAGACUCAGACUACGACAUGUCGCCCAAGACGGUCUCACGUAACUCCUCCCUCGCCAGUGAAGGGCACACAGGAGAGGACUUUAUUGUCACACCUUUUGCUCAAGUACUUGCCAGUCUACGAUCGGUACGGAGCAACUUCACCAUUCUUGCAAACGUCUCCACACCACCAGUCAAGAGGUCUCCGCUUGGUGGUGUGUGCGUCAGUCCCAGGGCGUCACUAUCAGACCAGCAGUAUCAGCAGCUCGCCCUGGACACACUGGAGGAGCUGGACUGGUGCUUGGACCAGCUUGAGACCAUUCAGACACACCGCUCUGUCAGCGAAAUGGCCUCCAACAAGUUUAAGAGGAUGCUGAACAGAGAGCUGUCCCACCUGUCAGAGAUGAGUCGCUCUGGUAACCAGGUGUCUGAAUACAUCUCCAGCACCUUCAUGGACAAGCAGAAUGAGGUGGAAAUCCCGUCUCCUACCCUAAAAGACAAACCUAUGAGUCACAUCAGCGGAGUGAGGAAACUGUCUCACAGCUCCAGCCUCUCCAGCACUUCCAUGCCUCGCUUCGGUGUCAACACAGACCACGAGGAUGAGCUUGCCAAGGAGUUAGAGGAUCUGGAUAAAUGGAGUUUUAACAUAUUCAGAGUAGCAGAAUUCUCCAACAACAGACCUCUCAGCUGCAUCAUGUAUGCCAUCUUCCAGGAGCGGGAGCUGUUGAAGACAUUUCGUAUCCCAGUUGACACUUUUGUCACUUACGUGAUGACCCUGGAGGACCAUUACCAUGGAAACGUAGCGUACCACAACAGCCUCCAUGCUGCAGAUGUCACGCAGUCCACACAUGUCCUCCUGUCCACACCUGCUCUUGAUGCUGUCUUUACUGACCUAGAGAUCCUCGCCGCUCUGUUUGCUGCAGCUAUCCACGAUGUCGACCAUCCUGGAGUUUCCAAUCAGUUCCUCAUCAACACCAACUCGGAGCUGGCCCUCAUGUAUAAUGAUGAGUCAGUUUUGGAGAACCACCAUCUCGCUGUGGGCUUCAAGCUUCUGCACCAGGAAAACUGUGACAUCUUCCAGAACCUCACCAAGCGCCAGCGCCAGAGCCUUCGCAAGCUUGUCAUCGAUAUGGUGCUGGCCACAGACAUGUCCAAACACAUGACCCUUCUGGCUGACCUGAAGACCAUGGUGGAGACCAAGAAGGUGACCAGCUCUGGUGUGCUGCUCCUGGACCACUACACAGAACGGAUACAGGUGCUGAGGAACAUGGUGCACUGUGCAGACCUGAGCAACCCCACCAAAACAUUGCCACUAUACAGACAGUGGACGGAGAGGAUUAUGGAGGAGUUCUUUCGACAGGGUGACAAGGAGCGAGAGAGAGGGAUGGAGAUCAGCGCCAUGUGUGACAAGCACACGGCUUCUGUGGAGAAGAGUCAGGUGGGUUUCAUCGACUACAUUGUCCACCCGCUGUGGGAGACAUGGGCCGACCUGGUGCACCCAGACGCCCAGGAGCUGCUGGACACGCUGGAGGAGAACAGGGAGUGGUAUCUGAACACAAUGCCCCAGUCUCCCUCACCUCCCCCGGACAGACACCUGCAGCAUGACCGCUUCCAGUUUGAACUCACCCUGGAGGACCUGGAGCACAACAACCACAACCACAUUCACCUGAGGAGCAACGGCGGGAGGAGUGGUCAGAAAGACGUCUGUGACGACGAUGAUACAGACCGAACGCCAGGAUGA